AUGCGGUUGUGGACAACGUCCUGGCGUUGGGUGGCAUUGGUCCUGUUGGCCUGGGCCAUGCUGCUCUUCUUUAUGGGUGGCCACCUGGUGCGUGAGAGCCAACAUACACACGAAACGACACACACACGACGAGAGCUCGCCAACAUCCUCACCAAACUCGAGCGCCUCAAACAGCAGAACCACGAGCUGCGGCGCAUGGCACAGGCUCUAAGGAUUCCUGAAGGACAGUCUGUUAAACCAGUCUCUGCAGGUCGGCUGCGUAUUUUAGAGGAGCAGCUAAACAAAGCCAAGCAGGAGAUCCGCAACUAUCAGAGAGUGUUCGGAGACGUAGGCCCGGGCCGUGUGCAAGAGGACUACAGGAGGAAGGUGGAGAGAGGUGUGAGGGAGUUUUGGUAUUUUUUGCACAGCGAGGUGAAGAAGCUGAGCCACGUCGAUCCAGCUGUACUGCAAAUGCACACGGAGACGCUGCUGCGUGAUCUCGGCCACCAACAGAGGUCCAUCCUGACAGAUCUUCACUACUUGAGUCAAGCUGAUGGAGCAGGAGAUUGGAGGGAAAAGGAAGCGAAGGAUCUUUCCAAUCUGGUGCAGAACAGAAUCUCUUACCUGCAGAAUCCUCCAGACUGCAGUAAGGCUCGCAAGUUGGUGUGUAACAUUAAUAAGGGCUGUGGUUAUGGCUGCCAGCUGCACCAUGUGGUUUACUGCUUUAUGAUUGCAUACGGCACUGAACGCACACUCGUCCUCGAGUCCCACAGCUGGCGCUAUGCUCCUAAUGGGUGGGAGACGGUGUUCAGACCCCUGAGCAAUACCUGCACCGAGCGCACAGGAGCAUCCACCGGACACUGGACAGGGGAGGAUCAUGAUCGGGAUGUGCAGGUGGUAGAGUUGCCCAUCGUGGAUAGUCUUCACCCCCGACCCCCUUACCUGCCUCUGGCCAUCCCUGAGGAUCUGGCCCCACGGCUUCAGAGGCUGCACGGAGACCCCUCUGUCUGGUGGGUGUCUCAGUUCGUCAAGUACCUGGUGCGUCCUCAGCCAUGGUUGGAGAAAGAGAUGCAGGAGUCUGGCAUCAAACUUGGUUUCAAACACCCCAUCAUCGGUGUGCAUGUGAGGCGCACAGAUAAAGUGGGCACGGAGGCGGCGUUUCACCCCAUAGAGGAGUACAUGUUGCACGUGGAGGAACAGUUCCAGCUCAUGGCCCAGCGCAUGCAGCUGGACAAAAAGAGAGUGUAUUUGGCAACUGAUGACCCCUCACUGUUACAGGAAGCCAAGAGCAAAUACACCGAUUAUGAGUUCAUCAGUGAUAAUUCCAUUUCGUGGUCGGCUGGACUGCAUAACCGCUACACAGAGAACUCUCUCAAAGGCGUCAUCCUGGACAUCCACUUCUUAUCCCAGACUGACUUCCUCGUCUGUACAUUCUCCUCACAGGUGUGCCGUGUAGCCUAUGAGAUCAUGCAGACUCUGCACCCAGAUGCUUCAUCGUACUUCUACUCUCUGGAUGACAUCUACUAUUUUGGUGGCCAAAACGCUCACAACCAGAUCGCCAUUUACGCACAUCGGCCACGCGCUGCUGAGGACGUCGCCCUGGAGCCUGGAGAUGUUAUUGGCGUUGCUGGAAACCACUGGGACGGUUACUCCAAAGGACUGAAUCGCAGACUGGGACGCACUGGCCUCUAUCCAUCUUAUAAAGUGAAGGAGAAAAUUGAGACAGUGAAAUACCCCAUCUACCCCGAGGCAGACAAACUACUCAACUCAGAAAAUAGAGGAAAAUAG